AUGAACAUCACAAACUGUACCACAGAGGCCAGCGUGGCUGUGAGACCCAAAACUGUCACCGAAAAGAUGCUCAUCUGCAUGACCCUGGUUGUCAUCACCACCCUGACCAUGCUGCUGAACUCGGCUGUGAUCAUAGCCAUCUGCACCACAAAGAGGCUCCACCAGCCUGCAAACUACUUGAUCUGCUCCCUCGCUGUGACAGAUCUCCUGGUGGCGGUGCUUGUCAUGCCCCUGAGCAUCAUAUACAUUGUCAUGGACAGCUGGAAGCUUGGGUACUUCAUCUGCGAGGUGUGGCUGAGUGUGGACAUGACCUGCUGCACCUGCUCCAUCCUCCAUCUCUGUGUGAUUGCCCUAGACAGGUACUGGGCCAUCACCAAUGCUAUUGAAUAUGCCAGAAAGAGGACAGCCAAGAGGGCGGGACUGAUGGUCCUCACCGUGUGGACCAUCUCCAUCUUCAUCUCCAUGCCCCCUCUGUUCUGGAGGAGCCGCCGCCGACUCAGCCCACCCCCCAGUCAGUGCACCAUCCAGCAUGACCAUGUCAUCUACACCGUCUACUCCACCCUUGGGGCGUUUUAUAUCCCCUUGACUUUGAUACUGAUUCUCUAUUACCGGAUUUACCAUGCAGCCAAGAGCCUUUACCGGAAAAGGGGAUCAAGCCGGCACUUAAGCAACAGAAGCACAGAUAGCCAAAAUUCGUUUGCAAGUUGUAAACUCACACAGACUUUCUGUGUGUCUGACUUCUCCACCUCAGACCCUACCACAGAGUUUGAAAAGAUCCACACCUCCAUCAGGAUCCCUCCCUUCCAGAGUGAUCUAGAUCACCCAGGAGAACGCCAGCAAAUCUCUAGUACUAGGGAACGCAAGGCAGCACGCAUACUGGGACUGAUUUUGGGUGCAUUCAUUUUGUCCUGGCUGCCAUUUUUCAUCAAAGAGUUGAUUGUGGGUCUGAGCAUCUACACUGUGUCCUCUGAAGUGGCUGAUUUUCUGACAUGGCUUGGUUAUGUUAAUUCUCUUAUCAACCCUCUGCUGUACACAAGUUUUAAUGAAGACUUUAAGCUGGCUUUUAAAAAGCUCAUUAGGUGCCAAGAGCAUGCUUAG